AUAUUAUAUAUUUAGCGUUGGAUAGAAUUUUGUUCAUCUGGUUGACCUCCUUAUUAUGUCUUUCGCCAUCAUAUCACGUGUCAUCAUAUCACGUGUCUCGUUCAUUUGCGUUGGAGUCCGUGACGUCAUGAAAAGGACGUGAUGCGGGUAUGGAACAGGUUAUCUUCAGUACUUGAUAAUCGUUUUUGUACUCGGUCUACUAUCUAGUUACUGUUAAUCGUGUGGCACAACUGUGCAAAAGGAUUGAACUCGUUUCCAACAUGUCUCCUAUGCACUCCAACCUUUCAGAAUUUUAGACUUUUGAUACCCCACCAACAAAACAGCCGUCCUUUUAAAAAAGUUGCAUUUUUCCUUAAGUCUUCGGUCUUUGUCUUGAGUUUUCCAUCGACAUGGCUCAAGCUAUUACCAAAAGAGAGAUACCUGUCGCUGUACAGGGUACAGAACUUGCAGCCAAACUGAUCAGUGCAGGGUCCGCUGCUUGUAUUGCUGAGGCUAUUACUCUACCUAUGGACUGUGCAAAGAUAAAACUUCAGGUAGAAGGUGGAACUCUAGCCACAACAAUACGGACGAUAGCAGCUACUGACGGAACUAAAGGUUUCUUUAGAGGUCUGGUUCCUGGUCUCCACAGACAGCUAGGUUUCUGUACCAUCAGACUUGGUCUCUACGACUCAACCAAGGACUUCUACAUGAAACAUACUGCUCUGAAUGAUGGUCUGCCUCUAAGAUUUGCAGCAGGGAUCUCAACCGCUGUAGCAGCUGUAUGUGUUGCUCAACCUACUGAGGUUGUGAAGAUCAGGAUGCAGGCUGCCAAGGCUGGAACGGUACGGUAUACAGGCUCUUUGUCUGCCUACUACAAGAUAGGCGUUACCGAAGGAACCAAAGGUCUUUGGUCUGGCCUUGGACCAAGCAUCAUGAGGCUGUCAAUCUGCAACAUCGGGGAAGUGGUGACCUACGACACCGUGAAAACCUCCAUCCUGCGGAGAGGGUGGAUGCAGGACGCGUUCCCGCUCCACUUCUUCAGUGCAGUGUGUGCUGGUGCAGUUACCACUUGUCUCACCUCUCCGGUCGAUGUGGUUAAAACCACCUUCGUUAACAGCAGACCUGGAGAGUACAAGAGUGCUUUGCAGUGUGCCGGGGUCCUUGCUAAGAAGGGAGGUUUCAGGACUUUUUAUAAAGGGUGUGUACCGAGCUUCUUCAGGAUAACGGGCUGGAACCUGAUUAUGUUUAUGUCGUAUGAGCAACUCAGAAAAAUCGUCGCCAGGAAAUUGAACUGUUACUAACAUACAAUACAUUCCUUCUAGCACACUUUUUUGUUAAUGACAGAGUAUCUUCGAUAUCAGGGAUUACUUUACAAUUUUUUGACGGACAGCUUAUUACUUGAGAUACAGACAUGCAAGUCAGUAACUCACGCAUAUAAAGAGUAGUAAAUUUAUCAGUUAUGUUUAUACAGAAUUUAAAAAAUUUUUAAUUUUGAUUGAAGGACAUGGUAGUGAGACGGAUUAGGACCAAGUACAAACGUUGACUGCGCCAUUGUGCCCCUGGGGUGCAAUGUCUUGGUGGUAAUACAUCAGGAGCGUAGAGUUAGAUUUAUUAUUUUUGUCGAUUAGUUUGAUUGAUUAAUUAACUUAAUUACGUUUAAAUGGUAAUUUGUAGCGAUAAAGAUUAAUGAUAUUAUAGUGGGAUUAAUAAUAAUAUGAUACAACAGAAUGUUUGGAAGAAGAUUGGAAUUAAGACAUCAGUAUGAUUAAUACUAAUAAGAGAGUUUAUAUUUAUCCUGUAAGUUAAUUUAAUGCUUUAUGUCUGAAUACAACAGCAUCACCUGAUGCAAUGUACAUUGUACAAUACAUUUAAAGAUAUUUCCAGUCGAGUGCAUGUUUCUAAACUAUUCCAGAUCUGAUUUUUAACUGUUUUUUGGAAGCAGUCCAAUAAGUGUUAGCACUUAGAAUUCUCCCAUAUUUUCUGGUAGUUAUUUUUUAGUGUAUUCACACAUUCAGUGGUGAAGUUAAGAGCUUUAUACGGAGCGCAAGCGGAAGUUGUACUUCCAGUUAAUGUAUUAUCAAGUUUUAAUUGUUUUGAAAAUUUAACUUAGUUUUAAGAA